AUGUUUCUGCAAGUCGAGUACCUAUUUGCAGUCGUCUUGUUCUCGGCGGCAAAGACAACUGAAGGAGCCGAAAAUGGCGUUUUCUUUCAAAUCAAAGAAAAUACUUUUUUCAGCUACAGAGAAGAAAGCCUCUUUUGGUCUGGAGAAACUGAUUCUUUGCUUUCCUGUUCGGUUUUGUGUGCGAGACAAGCUUCGUGCAGAAGUGCAAACUUUCUGGAAAACCCAGGACUUUGUUACCUUCUUGGCGGCGAAAUGCAAACAAGUUCAGCAACUGAGCGGCUUUUUCAGCGAGAUGGCUCUUUCUAUCUAACAAAGGUAUUUGGCAUUGAUGACAUGCCAUUUUUUUCGCUGAUUCACCCCGAGCAAAACACUUCUCUACCCGCUGGUUCUAACCAGCACUCAGCAGUAACCUCAUGCCAGACUCUCCUCAAACAGUCUCCCGCAACGUCCACGGGUGUUUAUUGGAUCGAUCCUGAUGGUGGAUCCCAGGCCAACGCUUUCAAGGCUUACUGUGACAUGGAUACGAAUGGAGGGGGCUGGACAUUAGUAUGGAGCUAUUCCUUUACUAACUACACUCAUUUUAACGAUGAUUCAAAUGCGAUCACUCCUAGGCCAAAUUGGCCGGUCAAAAAUGAAGGGAAUGUUCCAAUCUCCACAAUUUCUCCAUUAAAUGACACAGACUACAAUGCCAUGAACUUCUCACUCUGGAAAAUACUCGGUAGACAGAUCCUCAUCAAAAGCGACAUAAACAACUGGCUGUUGUGUCAUCCGGCAGAUGGCAGCCUGGUUGAUUGGCAGAAAGGUGACGUCAACUGUACAAUCACCAAAUACGUGGCUGAUCCUAGAGAAUCAGCUUCGGCGCCUUCCAAGUUUUCACCAUAUAUCAACUAUGGACCAAUGUUCCAUUCGAGUGGGCGCUGGAACAGCUCCUUUUAUUAUUUCAAUAGUUACACGUGCAAAUAUUGGCCUACCCAUGAUCCUUGUGGAAAAAAUAGGCCAAACCAAAAGAAAAAUGUUCUUGAUCCACACGGUAACAUUUAUAUUCGAGCCGAGUAG